AUGUACUCUGUUCUUCUUCACCAGAGGUGUUAUGAACAUAAGCAGUAUAGAAAUGGGCUGAAGUUCUGUAAACAGAUCCUUUCUAACCCAAAGUUUGCAGAACAUGGAGAAACUUUGGCAAUGAAAGGACUAACAUUAAACUGUCUAGGCAAGAAGGAGGAAGCGUAUGAACUUGUGCGUAGAGGCCUAAGGAACGACUUGAAGAGCCAUGUCUGUUGGCAUGUCUAUGGCCUCCUUCAGAGGUCAGACAAGAAGUAUGAUGAAGCUAUCAAAUGUUAUCGAAAUGCACUGAAAUGGGACAAAGACAAUCUUCAAAUCUUGAGAGAUCUUUCUCUGCUACAGAUUCAAAUGAGAGAUCUUGAAGGUUACAGGGAAACAAGAUACCAGUUGCUUCAGCUGCGACCUGCACAGCGAGCAUCAUGGAUUGGUUAUGCUAUUGCUUACCAUCUGCUGGAAGACUAUGAAAUGGCAGCAAAAAUCUUAGAGGAAUUCAGGAAGACACAGCAGACAUCACCUGAUAAAGUGGACUAUGAGUACAGUGAACUGCUGCUGUAUCAAAACCAGGUCCUCAGGGAAGCAGGACUCUUUAAAGAAGCCUUGGAGCAUCUUUGUACCUACGAAAAGCAGAUCUGUGACAAACUGGCUGUUGAAGAAACUAAAGGAGAACUCCUGCUUCAGCUUGGCAGACUUGAAGAAGCAGUUGAAGUCUACAAAGGACUGCAAGAAAGAAAUCCUGAAAACUGGGCCUACUACAAAGGUCUAGAACGGGCACUUAAACCAGCUAACAUGAUGGAGAGGUUAAAGAUCUAUGAAGAGGCCUGGACUAAAUACCCAAGGGGACUAGUUCCAAGGAGAUUGCCUUUAAACUUUUUGUCGGGUGAAAAGUUUAAGGAAUGUCUGGACAAGUUUCUAAGGAUGAAUUUCAGCAAAGGUUGCCCACCAGUUUUCAAUACUUUGAGGUCAUUAUAUAAAGACAAGGAGAAGGUGGCAAUCAUAGAAGAGCUUGUGAUAGGUUAUGAAACCUCUCUACGAAGCUGCAGGUUAUUUAACCCAAAUGAUGACGGUAAAGAAGAACCUCCAACCACUUUACUCUGGGUCCAGUAUUAUUUGGCUCAACAUUAUGAUAAAAUUGGGCAGCCAUCCCUGGCUCUAGAAUAUAUAAAUGCUGCUAUAGAAAGUACUCCCACUUUGAUAGAACUCUUCCUUGUGAAGGCAAAAGUCUAUAAGCAUGCUGGAAAUAUUAAAGAAGCUGCAAGGUGGAUGGAUGAGGCUCAGGCUUUGGACACAGCAGACAGAUUCAUCAACUCCAAAUGUGCAAAAUAUAUGUUGAAAGCAAACUCCAUUAAAGAAGCAGAAGAAAUGUGUUCUAAAUUUACAAGGGAAGGAACCUCGGCAGUAGAGAACUUGAAUGAAAUGCAGUGCAUGUGGUUCCAGACAGAAUGUGCUCAAGCUUACAAAGCAAUGAAUAAAUUUGGAGAAGCACUUAAGAAAUGCCAUGAAAUUGAAAGACAUUUUGUAGAAAUCACGGAUGACCAAUUUGACUUCCACACUUACUGUAUGAGGAAGAUCACCCUUAGGUCUUAUGUGGACUUGUUAAAACUAGAAGAUGUCCUUCGACAACAUCCAUUCUACUUCAAAGCAGCACGAAUUGCUAUAGAGAUAUAUUUGAAACUCCACGAUAACCCCUUAACAGAUGAAAAUAAAGAACACGAGGCUGAUACAGCAAAUAUGUCUGACAAGGAGCUAAAGAAGCUACGGAAUAAGCAGAGAAGAGCACAAAAGAAAGCGCAGCUGGAGGAGGAGAAGAAGAAUGCUGAGAAAGAGAAGCAACAGAGGAACCAGAAAAAGAAGAAAGAUGAUGAUGAUGAAGAAAUUGGAGGACCGAAAGAGGAACUUAUCCCUGAGAAACUGGCAAAGGUGGAAACACCUUUGGAAGAAGCCAUUAAAUUUUUAACACCCCUGAAGAAUUUAGUGAAGAACAAAAUAGAGACACAUCUUUUUGCCUUCGAAAUUUACUUUCGAAAAGAGAAGUUCCUUCUGAUGCUUCAGUCUGUGAAGAGAGCCUUUGCUAUUGAUUCUAGUCAUCCUUGGCUUCACGAGUGUAUGAUUCAUCUCUUCAGCAGUGUAUCUGAAAGUAAGGAUCUGCCUGAUGCAGUUAGAACAGUGUUAAACCAAGAAAUGAAUCGGCUUUUUGGAGCAACUAAUCCAAAGAACUUCAAUGAAGCUUUCCUUAAAAAGAACUAUGACUCAUUACCACAUAGGUUAUCAGCUGCCAAAAUGAUGUACUAUUUAGAUCCUUCCAGUCAGAAAAGGGCAGUGGAGCUGGCAAUGACCCUGGAUGAAUCCCUCAUUAACAGAAAUCUUCAGACUUGUAUGGAGGUAUUAGAAGCUUUAUGUGAUGGUAGCCUUGGAGACUGUAAAGAAGCAUCUGAAACUUACAGAGCAAAUUGUCAUAAGCUUUUCCCUUAUGCUUUGGCUUUCAUGCCCCCUGGAUAUGAAGAGGAUAUGAAGAUCACAGUUAAUGGAGAUAGUUCUGCAGAACCUGAAGAACUGGCCAACGAAAUAUGAACAACUUUAUUGGGGAAAACAACAAAAAUGACAUUGGACCAUAUCUGGUGUAUAAUAUUUUUGUCACGCACCUGCUGAAUUGUUCUAACUUACAUGGAGAACAGAAGGAA